AUGAUUUCAUCUUCUUUCUUCAGUGCUGUGUUGGCCAUUCUGGCUGUCAAUGGCGUGCAAGCUGGACCGUGUCGUCUAACCACUGAGACAUCACUUGCAAUUGAGCCAACCGCCACUGAGACCACUCUCCCUACCAACGGGGAGACAACUAUGCUCUCUGUCACUACCACCGAGGUUUCAGUUGCUACUACAGAAGUGACACCUGCGCCCUCCACUACAACGACCGAGGCCUCUGUUUCAACCUCUGGAGCAAACACAUUUUCUGAAGAUGCCUCUUCGACCGAAACUACGGGUGCCGAAACUACGGGUAAAGACACCACCACCACGCUGCUCACCACUACCAUGCAAACUCUUCAAUCUACUACAACUUCGACCUUGACUACCACAACCAAUGCAGCCUCUGGAGGUGGGGACUCAUGCAGCGACAAUAUCGACUGUCUCUUGUCUAUUGAACCGCUGUGUGCUCUGGGACUCUGCGUCUGUGUUGACGCUAGAUGUUCUCUGGCCAACCCCUAG